GUGCCGGUUUGCUGUGUACCGUGCGCCUAGCCGAUUCUGGGAGACUGUGCGACCUCUCUCCGCACCGAAGCGGUCAUCGCGUUUGUGUGAACCUUCUCGGAUCCGCGUGUUCCGUCGGAGAGAUAAUUACUAGUGUUCUUCCGUAUCUGGCUUCUAAGCGCCAACGUCGUGUGUGGUGUACCAGUGUUGGAAGAAUAGUGGACCAACAGUGAUCAUUCAUCGACUACUUGUAUGAUACUUCGCGUCAAAGGAAGUGGAGGCGCGUGCCGAAUUCGUGACCUUGUGUGUUACAUCGAGCACUCUGUGUGCUAGGCCCAUAGGCACUCGUAGACGCGGAGGAGCCGAUGAACUUGGCAACUGCCGCGAAGUCUCGAAAUAAGUGCAGCGUAGUGCAAGCGCCGCCACUACUGCUGGUGCUGUUGACGUAACUACAGUAUCUCUCUUCCUCCCGCUGUGCUUCCUGCGAUACCGGCGCUGGUCUUUCCGCUCUGCUUCCCUAGCGAGAGCUGUGUCUCUUUUUUUUCCUCCCCGUGGUAACCGUGUAAUGCUCUGUAGCAACUGAGUGCCGUGCGGUGUGAUGCCUGUGGAAGGCGAGACGCGGCACAUUGGACAGUCCGCAAUCGGUGCGUGUGAGGCCACCAUUGCCAAGGGCGCACUCUGAGCUAGCGUUGCGCUGCACCUGCGGCAGGUUCGGCAGUUCGUCAGUAGGAUGACGCCUGCGUCAGGCGCUGACGCGGGCCCGCAGACUGAGAAAUAAGACCUGCAGAAGCGGGCGCGCCGCUCCGAGGCAGGUGGGAUGCGGCGCUGCGGCCGGUGGAACGCCGGCCCACCAGCUGGCGCGUCGACCGAGGUCACCGUAACCACAACCACGGCCAGCAGCGGCCGCUCGGGCCGUCGGGGUCCCUGGUUCCCGCCUCGGCUGCAGUAGCGACCGCGGCAGUCACCGGCGACAUGCGGCUUCGCCCAGACAAGCUGUGCUGUCGCUACAGCGUCACCAGCGCGCUCCGGGGAGCAGUCUCCUGCUGCCGCCGGUCCAGCCUCACCUCCUCCACGCGACGAAGGAAAGCGGUUGGCAGCGACGGUUCGGAGAGGGUUCUGCGUUCGACGCCCGACUGGGGCGAGGGCGCGCUCAACGGGGACCACCUGUGGGUUCCCACAUCUGCCUCUGGGGACUUCUGCUACGUGGGCGACGCCGACUGCUCGAAACACGGCCCGCGGAUGAAGUGCGCGGCGUGCAAGAUCAUCGCGCACACGAGCUGCAUCGCGACGCUGAUGGACCGCGUGCGCUUCACGUGCAAGCCGACGUUCCGCGACGUGGGCGUGCGCCAGUACCGCGAGCACACCUCCAUCCACCACCACUGGGUCCACCGGCGCUCCCAGAAGGGCAAGUGCAAGCAGUGCGGCAAGUCGUUCCAAUCGAAGCUGUCCUUCAGCUCCAAAGAGAUUGUGGCGAUCAGCUGUUCGUGGUGCAAGACGGCCUACCACAACAAGGAGUCCUGCUUCAAUCUUCAGAAGAUUGGAGAGGAGUGUAAUCUUGGAACUCAUGCGGAGAUUGUAGUGCCUCCUUCGUGGAUUGUUAAACUGCCUCGAAGAGGAAGUUUUAAAUCCAGUUUACGAAAAUCUCCAAAGAAAAAGACUGCAAGCAAGAAAAAAAGCAAGGAGAAGAGUGACAAGGACCAAAAGACAUUUGUGAUAAAGCCAAUUCCUACAACAUCUGUGAAACCUGUGAUUGUGUUUAUUAACCCAAAGUCUGGUGGAAAUCAAGGGGCGAAACUGCUUCAGAAGUUCCAGUGGCUGUUAAAUCCCCGGCAGGUUUUUGACCUCACUCAGGGUGGACCCAAGAUGGGGCUGGAGAUGUUUCGUAAAGUUCCUAACCUGCGUGUGCUGGCGUGUGGAGGUGAUGGGACCGUAGGAUGGGUUCUAUCAAUACUCGACCAGAUAGCGAUAUCUCCAGCCCCUGCCGUUGGAGUGCUGCCACUUGGUACUGGUAAUGACCUUGCCAGGGCUCUGGGAUGGGGAGGGGGCUACACAGAUGAACCAAUUUCCAAAAUACUGGCAAAUAUUGCUGAUGGAGAAGUGGUUCAGUUGGACAGGUGGGAACUUAAAGUUGAAAAGAAUCCAGAAGCAGAAGCUAAUGAAGAAGGAAAGGAUAAUUUGCCUUUAAACGUUGUAAAUAACUAUUUCUCCCUUGGUGUUGAUGCUCAUAUAGCACUGGAAUUUCACGAGGCAAGAGAAGCACAUCCUGAGCGUUUCAACUCUCGCCUUCGGAAUAAGAUGUUCUAUGGACAAGCUGGUGGGAAAGAUCUUUUGAGGCGGAAAUGGAAAGGACUCGCAGAAUUAGUCACAUUAGAAUGUGAUGGUAAAGACAUAACUCCCAAGUUGAGGGAUCAUAAGGUCCAUGCAAUUGUGUUUCUCAACAUUCCAAGUUAUGGUGGUGGCACUCAUCCCUGGAAUCGAGCAGGAGGUAAUGUGGAACCAGCAACUGAUGAUGGCCUUAUAGAAGUUGUUGGACUCACAACAUAUCAGUUGCCUUUGCUGCAAGCUGGUGGACAUGGAACCUGUAUCACACAGUGCAAGUCUGCUCGAAUUGUUACUACCAAGACAAUACCCAUGCAGGUAGAUGGUGAAGCCUGCAAGCUCAACCCUUCAAUAAUCACCAUGACAUUAUUAAAUAAAGCCCCAAUGCUUGCCAAAAGAAGAGGUGGUAAAACAAAUGUUCAACAGACUGCCUUGGAACAGCUCAAGAUUAGUGUGUACCGAAUUAGUAUGUCAGAUUAUGAACAACACCAUUAUGACAAGGAACUAUUGAAACAAGCAGCAAUCUCCUUGGGAGUGAUAGAGGUGAAUCCAGUCUCGGACUUGGAACAAGUCAGAAAAAUGAUUAACAGGCUGCAGGAAGAUGCAACUAGCACCGCUGAAAACAACAACCAGUUUGCGAACAAACUGUCACCAGACUGGUGCUUUGUUGAUUCCUGCACUGCAGAGAGGUUUUUCCGUGUGGACCGGGCACAGGAACAUCUCCAUUAUGUUGUUGACAUAGCAACAGAAAAUCUUUAUGUUCUUGAUACUGAAACUGCAACAGUGCCUCCAACUCCAGAAGAUGAAACAGUAUUAUCUUCACCCAACGCAAAUGAACACAAACCGAUAGCAAACAAUGUCCUCAGAAUAGAAGGGGCAGGAGGAGAAACCACACCAGAGUUGAGUGAUGGAUCUCGGGAAGAUGACGGAAAGUUCGAACGUUCAUACGGAACUGGGGGCUCGCGUGAUGAUGAUGAGUCGCCCAGUUGGAGAGGGCCUAGUGAAGAAAUGCUUAAUGAAGAGCUAGCAGGUGGAAGAGUACCUCGUUCACAUUCAGAUGACAUCAUUAGUAAGCAGAAAAAGACGAGCCCAGAAGAGAAAUAUAAUAUGAGUCUUUCAUCACCAGGGGGGAAUGUUAAUUAUCUUAGCAUUCAUGAUAGACUUUUUGGAUUAAAUUUUGCUUCCUUUGGCAAUCUGCUGGAAAAAACAACAGAGGGGAUCCUAAAGGCAGCUAAAUUGGGUGAUAUAAAACUGCUCAAAAACCUGCACUCCCAGGGAUAUUCUUUGCUGUCCAUUGACUCUAAUGGACAGACGGCACUACACUAUGGUUCUAGAUAUGGCCACAAGGAUAUUGUGAAGUACCUGAUUGCAUGUGCUCCAGCAUCAAUACUCAACAUGGCAGACAAUGACAAGGGACAAACAGCAUUGCACAAAGCAGCUGCCCACAAACGCCGCAGCAUAUGCUGCAUGCUGGUAGCUGGGGGGGCCUCCCUCACCAUCCAGGAUCGACACGGCAACACACCGAGGAUGCUAGCACAGCAGGCUGAGGACCACGAGCUGGCCGCCUAUCUGGAGAGCCAGGAACAUUUCCAGUUGGUUGCUGAAGAUGUGGAGACUGUUGUCUGAGACUGUGCUAACAUUGGUUGCUCAAGACAAAAGAAACAAAUGGACCAAGAUUGUUACUAUGGCUUUGCAGAUUUAAUGAAUGUCACUGGACCAAUAAUCAUUAUGUAACUCGAACAGAACUGUGUAGCAGAACUGAAGAGUAGGAAAUUAGAAAUCUGUAUUUUAAGGCUUAGUGAUCUUCAUUUUGCAAUUAGUUUAAAGAAAAUAUAGACUAAAAGCUGAUAUUUCCGCUGUACAGACUUUUAUACAAGUGAAAAAAAACAAAACAAGAUACACAUAUAUUGUUCAUAUUAUAUGAAGAUGGAAAAAGUGCUCUGUGUAAUAUUCUUUCACUACAUUUGAGAAAUAUGUGGGUACAGUGGUUUUGUGUCAUAUAUAUUUUCAAAUCAUAUAAACUGAUCACCAGUGUAACACAGGUUCAGACAGUGAAGAUGAUGUGUCAUGUAGCACUGUCACCGAUUAUUAGCGGAUUGUGUCAACAGAAACUACAUACAGUGAUGUAAAAUAACUUGGUAGUUUAACCAUCAUAUAGAUGUUAAUAAUAUUAAAAUAGCCUGUUUUUUUCUCCAGUGUGUUCAUAAUGUUUCUCUUCUGUUUGGUUAAAUUUACAAUAAUAAGCUAGUAAUCCUGAAUUAUUUGUUGUGACCCAUUAGCAAAACACAGUGACUGUCAUUUAAUUUCACUGUGGAUUGCCACAUGUGCUUUUUUUCAUGAAGUGCGUAGUAAAUACAAGAGGAAUGAGUUCAGCUAGUCAUUUUAGGAAUUGGUCCCUAAUAUCAUUAUGUUUGGCUAUGUUAUGUGGAAUACGAAAUUGGGCUGCUGAUACUCACAAAACUUGAACCGAAGAUCCAUGAUUAGUUAGAAGUGACUAACAGAAAUUAGUUAUUGAAGUAUAAGGGAAGUUUAGCACUACUUAAAAUGAAAAGAAGGAAUAAUAAUUGUAAAGAAACAAUACUACUGUGCAUGCAUCGUAGGUAUGCUAGAAGUUACAACUGUUGAUUCGUGAGAAAAAAUGUGUGACCAAAACAUUAUAUAGACUAAAAGGAGAGGGAGAGUCAUACUAUUCGUUUGUUUGAAAUAAUUGGAAAUUACCAGCAAUAACUCAACAAUGACAGAAUUGCUGGUAAAUUGGGGCAUCAGCAAAAAUAUUUCUCUUGUUUCUCAACACAUUAAUGAGUACAUAUGUGUGGUUUUCUGUUCUGUUGUCUUGGAGCUACCUGCUGCAGUUGUACAUUAAUUAUGAAAUGCUUGAGCUGGUGCGAUAUGCAGUUCUUGGGAAGAAAGUUAUAUCAUUGAAAUCUCAUGUUGUUCAUUAAUGAAGAAUUUAAGUUGUAAAUAUUUGUACUAAAAGUAUAAAAGUUAUUUUAUAACAGGUACAUUAAUUACGGGAAGUAAAUCAGUAUAUUGAAAAGUUAUCACACUGCAUAAAAAAGACAUGAUAAAUGAAGUAGACUGUUUGGGAUGCAUGUAGUAUAGGGAUGGUAUUACUAAGGAUCUUUGGUGUAGUGAAGCAUGGUAUUUCAAGUAUUCCUUUGUAAGAAAUUGUGCACUGGAACAGUUCAACUUAAAUCUGAUUGCUUAUUGAGCACUUUAGCUGUAGUAACAGUUUGCUAUAAAAUCUGAAAGAUCUACUGGUUCCAUAGUAACUUUUUUAAGAUGAGUAAAACUGACAAAUGACAGAAAAUAUUUUUAGCUUAUGUUCCCAUAUAUUAAGCAGAUCAUCUUACAUGAUGUUAAUGACAAAAACUGAUAUUAAUGGACUAAUUUGCAAGGCACAGUUUGUUGGCAAAGUUAGUUGUUACUAAAUUGUUCAAGACUACUUUAAAAGCCAGAGAUUUAGGAUGUUUUGUUGAGAAGUAAGUAAAUUGCUUCACUUUAAUUUUAUUUGAAAUAGUUUGUAGGAACCAAAAUCUUCUCUUUUGAAGAGAAUAAUCACACAUUCCUGUUGAUAGUCAAUUUUGUGAAAUGUAAAUAUUUAUUGUUACAUCUGUUCUUGUAACAUAGGCGUAUAAAUAGAGUAUAAUAAUGCAAUGAGACACCAAACGCUUUUUGAACUCAGAGUGCAAAAUAUGUUAUCUAUUUUUACUUCUAUAUAUAUAUAUAAAUAAACUUUAGCUCUUGUACACUGUUAGAGAAUGGACUUGUUCUAUAUAAAUAAAAGAAAGAGCUAAUGGCCUUGCACCUGUUUAAAAUUAAAGUAUUCUUAUGAAGGUAGAGGAGCUUCUCAUAAUGAGUGAGAUACCAAUACAAUAAAAACAUUUUAUUACAUCCCCUCAGAAAAAUCUAAUGGGAUAAACCCAUGUAUGAAGUAGUUUCUUUGAAACCUUUAUCAUAAUUUAUAUUGUCUAAUAAUAAAUAAUCAUGAAUGCAAUGCAGAGCCAUUGGACUAUGUUAACAAUGGACUGUUUUUAGUACACUUCUGAAGAAAUUUAUAUAGUUUUUCUGAAAAGACAUGAGAAAGAACUGUAAUUUUUCUUGCUUAACUUAUCAUUUUAUUUCUGAAUUUGAUUACUGAUGACUACAUUGUUUGAAAUACCUGAAGUGUUAUCUAACUACAAUUACAAUACCUGUUUCCACAAAUAAGGAAAAUGUAUCAAUAAUUUUUUCCCUUGUUAAGUUAGCAGGCAUGGAACUAAUGCUGCAUUGUGUUGAAGUCAGAACUUCUGUAUAUAAUUGUCAAUUGUGUAAAAAAAAAUAUACUCACAUCCUAAUUGCCUUGUAAUUAUAAAUGUUUCAACUGUUUAUAUGUAUGAUUUAUACAAAAUUAGUAAAUUCUGUAAAGUUAAAAGCAAUUUUUGUGGACAACAGCGUAAAACUGUAAUAUAUGUAUACUUGUAAUUAAAUACUGUAGCACACAUCACUGUAAUACACCAGAUAUUAUUUUCAAAAUGUUAACUUAGUUGCCUUGGAAAAUACUUUUUUAAAAAUCAUCCAAUUUCUAGAGGAUUAGGCACUGCAUACAUAUGCUCAAUUUCUAUUAACUAAUGAUAGUGUCUUGAAACAGUUUAGAAAAAUACUGUAAGAAGGUAAUUUCUCUGCAACAGAGAAUUGUGCUGUAGUUGAAAGAAGUGGCACAUUUCAACAUAAAACAAAUGUUUUGUUGUUGAGAAAAUGUCAGUAUUUCAUGAAUAAUGUCUAUACAAGUGAUACAUGUCUUAAUCAUAUGUGCUUAUCAAAAAUAACUAUAGAUGGUGAGAAAAAAUGUUUUAGCCGUAUAAUUAAGGUGAACUGGAUUUUAGUUGAAAAAUCUAUAUUACUUUGUUUUAUCUUAUGGUUCAAAUGAAAGUGUAUAAUCUUUUUUCUUCUGCUAUUUCUGUACUUACAGGGGGUGCAAAUUAAUUCUGAAGCUACUUUGCUCUUUUGUAUGCAAUACGGCCAUUUUAUGAGGUUUACUCUAUUUUAAGAGGAAAUGCUUGGGAUCUAAGUUUUGUGUUCUUGUGGGUAUUUGUUAUUCUAGUCGAUUGCAACACUGUCUUGCCAAUAAGAGUCUGUUAUUUGUUUUCAUUUGCUUGUAUUUAUUUUUAUAUGGAUUUUUCUCAUUUAUGCGUUUUGCACUAUUCUUGGAUAUCUCUCAGGUAUCUAAACUUGUUUUUUUAUACUUAUAUGUUCCUUUCAUAGCCAACAAACAGCUACUAUUAAAACCAUCAUUACUGCAACCUUUUUUUUUCUUUUAAGAACAAAAAGUGAUUUCCUGCUUGGGAGUCUUAUUACCUGUUUAAUAAUCCCACUCCAGUUAGAAAAUUAUGUUGUGCUUCAUGAUGAUGACUAAUCUAAUAUUCUUAACAAAAUUGCCUUACGUUGCAUUCAAAAGAGAAGUUGAGAAGGUACUGUUAUUUGCAAAAUUAAAACAAACAAGUUCUAACUGUAUGGAUAUGAGGAGUAGAAUAGCUUUUUGAGACUAACACAUGUAUCACUUGUGUAAACAAAUUAUGAAUAUAAUGUGUGUUUCCUUUAAAAGAGAAAAAUAUAGUGCAAAGAAGUCUGUAUUGUGUGUGUAAUUCAGAAAGUGUGCAAGUUUAUAUAAUAAUAGAAACUGCUGUACUAUCAGUAAACAGAAGCUGUAUUUUAUACCUGUAAAUAAUUGUUAGUAUGAUUGACUAGUAAUUAUUGUGCUUGAUGUUUAUGUGAUGCUGCUGACCUGUCGAUAUUUCUCCUAUCAGGGUUUUUUUAUCUUGAUACACAGAAAUGCUAUAUAAUCUGUAUCCACUAUUUACAGAAGUGUAAUACUUCUAAGAUAUUAUUUUUCUAGGAAUCUAUGAAACUAAACUCUUUAACAUAUUGUCUAUAAAUCUGAAUUUUUAAACAUUGUACAAGAACUGUAACCAAGCUUAAAAUAAUAUGCAAAAGUUCUGGCAGUUUGUUAUCCUUUUUUUUUUUUU